AUGGCGGACCAGUUCAAGGCUCGGACGUUGAAACGCAAAAACGUCAAAGGUCUUGCCCUCAAUGCAGCUCCGAAAGCCACCUCCAACCCGUCUGAUGGCGAUGCUCAGGUCCCAGGUGCGAUUGGAAAUACUGACGGCAAUCGCACGGAUACCUUGGAGAUUGGGCUGGAAUUUCGGUUGGACCUCCGGAGCGAGGACUUGGUGACAUUAAAGGAGCUCGGUGCUGGCAAUGGCGGCACAGUCUCUAAGGUGAUGCACGCGUCGACCAAGGUCGUGAUGGCUCGGAAGAUCAUCCGGGUGGACGCCAAAGAGAACGUGCGGAAACAGAUUCUACGAGAGCUCCGCGUUGGACACGACUGCAACUCGCCUAAUAUCGUGACAUUCUACGGUGCCUUCCAAAACGAGGCUGGGGACAUCGUCCUGUGCAUGGAGUACAUGGAUUGCGGAUCUCUUGACCGUAUCUCAAAGGACUUCGGCCCGAUUAGAGUGGAUGUACUGGGGAAGAUCACCGAGUCAGUGCUUGCUGGUCUUGUCUACCUUUACGAAACUCACCGUAUCAUGCACCGCGACAUCAAGCCGUCCAACGUGGUGGUCAACUCGCGCGGCAACAUCAAGCUUUGCGAUUUCGGCGUCGCUAGCGAGACGGUCAAUUCGAUCGCCGAUACCUUCGUGGGUACCUCGACAUACAUGGCUCCAGAGCGAAUCCAGGGAGGUGCCUAUACGGUCCGUUCGGAUGUUUGGAGCGUGGGUUUGACCGUCAUGGAGUUGGCGGUCGGACGGUUCCCAUUUGAUACCUCGGAGUCUGCCGCAGGAGACCGUGCCAGCGCCGGGCCCAUGGGCAUUUUGGAUCUGCUCCAGCAGAUUGUCCACGAGACUGCCCCGAAGCUGCCGAAGAGUGAUGCUUUCCCGCCCAUUCUGCAUGACUUUGUCGGCAAGUGUCUGCUGAAGAAGCCCGAGGAACGGCCAACUCCGCGAGAGCUCUACGACAAGGAUGCCUUCCUGCAAGCCGCCAAGCGCACACCCGUGGACCUGCAAGAAUGGGCCAUCAGCAUGAUGGAGCGGCAUAAUCGCAAGUCUUACCUGGCGCCCCCUGCUCCCAAGUCGCUGAAGGAGGGUACGACUCCGACAUCGUAUACCUCGUCUUCACCAGCAGCCGUGGCCACAGCCCCCGCGCCUUUCCCCAAACCCGCCCCCAUCAGCAAAUCAUCGCGCCCCCCGCAAUCACAAUCUCCGUACCAGCAGCAUCCCUCCUCUGGCGAGAUCCCUCUGAACAUUGCCAACGACUUCCCCCCUCCGAACCGCCACGACGGCCCCCAGGCUCACCACUACUCCUCCAACUCCCGCUCCACACGGUCUCCUCACCCUCCGUCUCUGGAGCACCUCUCCCUCGAAACCAAGGACGACGAAUCCCGGUAUGGCCGCCGCCCGAUGCGCCACCUCGGCGACCCUGUUUCGGCCGUGGAUGCUCCAUCUCGCCCCUUCAUGAGCCCACGCUCCGUGAGCUCGCACAAUACUAAGUCCCGCACCAACCUGGCCCCAAAUGCCCUACCCAUCCGAGCCGCUCCCCCGCCAUCACAGCCUCCUCCCCCACCUCCCGUUUCGGCCGGUGGGAACUGGCGUGUCUACCCCAGCCACAUGCCCUCGUCGUGA